CGGUGUUUGCUCGCCGCGAAUCUUUUGCUUUCCUUCCUCUUGACGCGGUGUUUGUUUUAAGGGGAGUGCCUUUUUGUGUUUUUGCGCUGGCCGAGGGCUUCCGGGGGCUUCCACACACACAGGCGCGCGCGCGGUUUUGCCUCUGUUUUGUUUUGGGGAUUCCUUUUUUUCCUGUAGACUCACUACACCACGACCCCGGUUCAUUUAUCCCCUUUAAAAAACAAGCCGCUGCUCCUCUGUCCGACUCUCCUCCCUGACUUCGCCGGCUUUUAUAGUACCGAGAACACCGACACCGACAGCCCGUCACAAGAAUGGUCAUGGGGUCGACAGAGACACAGUGGCGUCAGGCAGAGCUCCCACAGCUCCAGGGCUGGGCAGAGAAGGGAUUGCUGACACAGCCAAAGAUGAUCAUCAGUAACAUGGAGGCUCCAGUGACAAAUGGCCCCAGUGGAGGAGGAACCACAGCCAAUGGGCCAACCAACAACAGCCGUGGCUGCCCCUCACCAAUGCAGACCGGCCCAACAAACGACGACAGCAAGACAAACCUCAUUGUCAACUACCUGCCCCAGAACAUGACCCAGGAAGAGUUCCGCAGCCUCUUCGGUAGCAUCGGCGAGAUCGAGUCCUGCAAGCUGGUUCGCGAUAAGAUCACAGGACAGAGUCUGGGCUACGGUUUUGUCAACUACAUUGAUCCAAAGGAUGCAGAGAAAGCCAUCAACACGUUAAAUGGACUCAGACUUCAGACCAAAACAAUCAAGGUGUCAUAUGCGCGACCCAGCUCAGCCUCCAUCCGUGACGCUAACCUCUAUGUGAGCGGCCUGCCCAAGACCAUGACCCAGAAGGAGCUGGAGCAGCUCUUCUCCCAGUACGGACGCAUCAUCACCUCCCGUAUCCUUGUCGACCAGGUCACAGGCCCCGCAGGUGGCUCCAGAGGUGUUGGCUUUAUCCGCUUUGAUAAGAGGAUAGAGGCUGAGGAGGCCAUCAAGGGCCUGAAUGGCCAGAAGCCAUCGGGCGCUGCCGAGCCUAUAACGGUCAAAUUCGCCAACAACCCCAGCCAGAAGACCAGCCAAGCUCUUCUGUCACAACUCUACCAGUCACCUAAUCGCCGAUACCCUGGCCCCCUUCACCACCAGGCUCAGAGGUUCAGGCUGGACAAUUUGCUUAAUAUGGCCUAUGGCGUAAAGAGGUUUUCACCUAUCACUAUUGACAGCAUGACCAGCCUGGUUGGCAUGAACAUCCCCGGGCACACGGGCACCGGUUGGUGCAUCUUUGUGUACAACCUGUCCCCAGAUUCAGACGAAAGCGUGCUCUGGCAGCUGUUUGGGCCGUUCGGCGCAGUCAACAACGUCAAGGUGAUCCGUGACUUCAACACCAACAAGUGCAAAGGCUUCGGCUUCGUCACCAUGACAAAUUACGACGAGGCGGCAAUGGCCAUCGCCAGUCUCAACGGCUACAGGUUGGGCGACCGCGUCUUGCAAGUCUCCUUCAAGACUAACAAGACACACAAGUCCUGAACUUUACCAGGUAGAAGCAGUUGCCCCGCGACUUUGUCUGCUCCAAAAUUGCCCCCAACCCCCCCUACCCCCACCUCCACCCAUCCCUUAGCCCCUUCAGUCACUACCACUACCACCCUACUACAGCCAUCCAACACAGCAAACUCCAACCGGAACAUAAAGCAACCAACAAACCAUCAAGCAAAUUGAACUAGAAAUGGCUUAUAUUAUAACUUUGGACCUAUAAGCCAACGUUGCCUAAGUAUUACAAAAAUGAAAUGAUGAAAACGUUCACAAGUUUUGGGAAGCUCCUGCGAUAAUGCAGGCUUCUCUUUGUUGUAUAUUCUUUCUGUUUCUUGUGGUUGUUAUAAUGUUUUUUCUCUUCUGUGUAAAACAGUAGCAAAUCCCUGUAUCCCCUUAUUUCAGAGAAGAGAACGUCCUCUUUCGAUUGGAGCCUUUUCUCUGUCUUGAUUCAGGAUUUGUUUUUCUUUUGUAAAUCCGGAUCCACUGUCGGUAGUAUUAUAUACCUCCCCGUCUAGUAAACGGGAGGCGGCUCUUUUUUAAAUUGGUGAACCAUUCAUUCAUUUUUAGCGUGUAUUUCAAAGCGUCCCCUUACCGAUUACAAACGGGAUUCCACGGGAUCCCGGUAACUCUGAUGUAGAAAAAAAAUGAAUUUCUAACAUUGUUUUUGUUUUGUAUCGCAAACAAAACAUAAUGUCUUUCCUCACUUGGGGUUCAGGGAGAUGGGGCAAGGGAGGGGAUGGGUUAGCUUUGCUGAUGACACGUUCAGUAAUUUAAGAAAAAAAAAUAUCACUGUUGCCAAAGAGAAGAUCUCUUUGCUUGGAAAAAAAAACACGUUUAGAAAAAGAUAAAAAUAAAUAGAAAGAUCUAUUUUUAUAAAUGAUAAUUAAAAUAAUAAUUAUUGAAGAAUUUUUACAAGAAUCUGGAUUUGAAAAAAAGAGAAAAAUAUUUUGACUGGCUAACUAGGGGGGGCCGGGGCGGGUGGGAGGGGGCACCACCUUGUCUUGUCGUUCUGCCGUGGUACUUUAUAGGAUCGGAGGUUGUUUUUUGGGGAAUCCAAGUUGGUAGCGAUUUUGUAGAUGGAAGGUUUUGUGAACAAAGGAUGCAAUCUGAGGCAGGUGAUUUUGGUAAUUUUUCACACAUGUACUAGUGCAUAAUUAUUCAGCGAUACCCAAAAGGGAAGGGAGAGGGGUCUUUCCGAGGCCUAACCAUCCUCACAGUCCAGAGCCCAAAGCAAGAAGACCCUUUGUCCGCUUGUUUUCCUGUUUUUGUCAUCAGUCGAUAUGGGAUCUCAGUAAAUAGAUAUAUACACAUCUAUCCAUUUAGAAGCAUACUAUACAUUAUCUAUAUCAUUUUCUUCGCUCUUACAUUUGAGAAGAACUUCCUUUUAGCGAUCAACAGUAGGUGCUAUACUACAUUAUUCACAUAUCUUAAAUAUCCAAGUUUGUUGUUCUAUGUGUUGUUUAAAGAAAAAAAACUACUUUGAUGUUGGCAUUGAAUUGAGCUGCUGUUCUUUGUUUAAUAUUUGUUUAAUGUUGGCCCAGAAAUCUGGUGAGACUAUUUCUUUACUGAAUAAUCAGAUUUGACUAAAUCGGGCCUUGUAAGAAUCACUGAACAAAUUUUUUAUUUGUUUUUGGGGGUUUUUUUUGUUGGUUUGCUGACUUUUAGGUUACUUGCUGAGCGUGAAACGUUUGUCAAAACUUAAUGAUGAUUAGCUAGUUCCGUUAGUCUAGAUAUUUGUUUCCUUAAAAAGGAUCUAUGACAACUGUGUCUUUAUUUGCUGUGUACAAAUAGAUGAUAUAUAUAAAUAUAUAUAUAGUCUACAUUUGUUUUACAAUAUCUACUGUACUAUCUGAGUUGUCACUGUUCUUUUGUUCGUUUGAGCUUGUCUUUUUCAUAUGACAAUUUAUUAUGAAGUGGUGGUUCAGUUACUUAGAAAAACUUGUGAGGAAACUGUUCAAUUGUUGUCAUGUUGCUUGUGGAGAAAAAAAAUUGGAUUAACUUUUAGUUAACUACCGCGGCAAAAGAAACCGAACAAAAGCUUAGAGUAUAAACGUGUUGGUUUAACGGUUUGUUUCCUUAUCUAUUUUUGAAACUAUUUAUUUUUCUAUUUAUUUGUAUUUAUUCUAUAUUUAUGAUUCAUUAAUUUAUCUGUGUAUUUAUGUAUUUAUUUGUUUGUUUCAUUGUCUGUGUAUUUGCGUGAUUCUGGUACAGGGAGGGGGGCGUUUCUGAGCAAAAGGGAACAAAGCGACUAGUGGAGAGGCUCUUCCAGUAGUCCACUGCACUGAGAGAACUUUUAGUACGUUUGUGCUUUGUACCAAUAUAUCAAAAUUACAAUAUAAAAAAAAUCUAAAAGUCAAGAAAACUGAAAAAAAUGUCUGGAGGGUCGGGGGACGCUCUUCCCUUAUUACUAGAAACAGUUACUCGCUAUGCAUAACCUAGUUAAUAGUUCAAUUUGCUAUUGCUUUUUUCUUGUCUUGUUAAAAUGAAAUCUUUAGAUCUUUUUCAAUAAAGUUUAGUCUUAAUAGAAUGUUAUAAACAGUCGUUCUGGUUCAAUAUAACCUGUGAUAAGUUUGUGUAGUUCUAAUAAGCCACUCCGUCCACACCCUCCCUCCACUUACUACCGCUUUGUGAUGAAACCUUAUGCAAAAAUGUGGGUCUGAAAGCAUAGUUUUCCGUUUCGGUUAGCAUUUUGUAUGACAUUCAGCUCUCGGAGGCUCGGGCAGACAGACAUUAAAAAUUGUUGUUCGAGGGUCAUUCAUUGCACUGGACUAAAUCGGUCAAAGAGUCAGAACUUAUUUUUAAGAAUGUUCAUCAUGUUUUCAAAUGACGUACCAACAAAGCUUUGAGAAAUUGUUACCAUUGCACACCAACUGUUCUUUCCAGCAGUUGUUGCUAUACAUAAGAAGUACUCUGGAGGUAUAAAAAGGGAUUGUACCGAUUCUAUAUUUUAUAUACUCUAAUAUGAUAUAUAUUAUAUAUUUUGAAAGGUGAAAGGUAGGGGGAAUGGUUCCAGAAGUAUAAAUAUAAGAAAUUGGAUUUUUUUUGUUUGUUGUUAAGACUUGAAAACAUGAAGGAGGUGUGCGGAGAGCAUUUGAAACACUCAGACGCAUGCUCGCAUAGUACAUCCUCCUCUCUCACACCUCACUCAUCUGACAAGCUGGGUCAUUUAAUAUCAUUACCAUUAUCCAACCGUCAUCUUUGCCAUCCUGUUGCUUAAUGUUCGAAAAUGUCAUGACAGCAACAAACCAACCAACCAACCAGACCCCUUCAUGCUCCCCGCUGCAGUCGGGAGCUUGAAUUAUGCAACGACCCCAGUAGAAUGUUCUGAUGUGUGAACUUAUUUCCUACACUGUAUGACUUUUGAACUCUUACGAUGCGUGCCUGUGUUCCGCCUAAACCCUGUAUGCACGUGUGUGUGUGUGUGUGUGUGUGUGUGUGUGUGUGUGUGUGUGUGUGUGUGUGCGUGCGCGCGCAUUUGUGCAUGUUUGUAUGCAUGUUCCUUUAAGUAACUGUGUGCGUGUUGUGUGUUUGUCCACAUGCGUUUGUUAGUGUGGAGUACAUCCAUGUGUGUAUGUACAGUAUAUACAUAUGUUCAGUGUCUGUGCUUUCCUCUUUGUUUUUUUUGUUUUUUAAUUAAUUUCUUGGCACAUAUAUACAGAUGUGUGUGUCCCUGAGUGCACCUGCGCGCGCAAGUGACUGAGACAGCUCAGAAUGUGUGUGCGAAUGUGUGUGCAUGUCAGGGUGUUUGAAACAUGGGGCUGCGUCACCUCGCUCUAUGCCCAACCCCUAUGGCUCACACCAUCCCCUGUAGCGCCUUAUAGUGGCAGCCUGCCAGUAGGAACAACGCAGCCAGUAGUGGAGGAGGGAAGGUGAACAGAGGAACUAGGCUCUUCUUGUCAGUUUUCAUUUUCCUCCUGAGACGUGUUUGUUUACUAUCUGAAAAAUCUAUAAAUGAAAUCUUUAAAGACAAAAAAGACGAAAAAAUGUUCACGGGGCCCCAUGACCGCGGCUCUCUCUACUCUCUCCUGCUUAUGUUAUUACUUAACAAUUAUCAAUGAUGAUUAUUAUGAUUAUUAUUGCUAUUAUUCUUAGUAUUCUUAUUCUUAUUAUUAAUCCAAUUACUGCGAUGAAUGACUUCAUGUUAUCCUUGCUAGUUUAGGUCAUUUCUGAAACUGGAAACAAAAUAAAAAUCUUGCUGUAAAUGUUUGUUUUUUCUUUUUCAUAAAACUGUUGUGUUUGAAUUAUUUGUACUUUUGAAUGUUGGGACAAUAAAAUGAGGUGUUAAGAGC